AUGGACGAGGAAUACGUCGAAGAUAAAGAGCUCCUUAGUGAAGAGGAGAAGGCAAGAUUCGAAAAUGAGAAGGCCGAGGCAAAGCGAAAGGCUUCCAUAAAGAAGCGCAAGAAGAAGGCUGAGACCAAAUCUGAGCGCGAGGCGAAGGCCAAAGAGCUCGAUGACCUCCUUCGCAAGAGCGCGGCCUUCAGCGAUAUUCUUACGAAAAAGACUGAGGUGCUCGGCCGUGUAGGCAGUGGACUAGAUGGCAAGACACUUGGUGAGCAUGAUCUGAAGAUGGCCGAGCAGCCCAAGUGUCUUGUGGGUGGCACCAUGCGGGAUUACCAGCUCGAGGGCCUUACAUGGAUGUAUGAGAUAUGCUCGCAGGGCAUGUCUGGCAUCCUCGCAGACGAGAUGGGUCUCGGAAAGACGAUUCAGACCAUCUCGUUGAUCGCAUUGCUCCGCGAGCAAGAGGACUACCUGGGUCCUCAUCUCAUCAUUGCACCUCUAAGCACUCUUUCAAACUGGCUUGACGAGUUUCACAAAUGGACACCGUCUAUUCCGGUUGCCAUGUAUCAUGGCACCCCUCCGCAGCGUCAGAGUAUCUGGAAGACGAAAAUGAUGCGCCAUCUCAAAGACGGAAGACCCACCGCUCAGUUCCCUGUCGUUUGUACAAGUUAUGAGAUGGUUUUGAGGGACCAGGCGUUCCUCUCCAAAAUCAACUGGGAAUUCAUCAUUAUUGAUGAGGGUCAUCGCAUGAAGAACUUCGACUCCAAGCUUUUCCGAGAACUUCGAACAUUCAAGUCUGCCACACGUCUUCUCAUAACUGGCACGCCUUUGCAGAACAAUCUCAAAGAGUUGUGGUCGCUCCUAAACUUCCUUCUACCUGAUAUCUUCACCGACUGGGAGGCUUUUGAAAGUUGGUUUGAUUUCAGUGACCUAGAAGAUGAGGAGGGGACAGAACAAUUUAUUGGCGAUCAGAUGAAGCAGGAUCUCGUCAAGAAGAUUCAUCUGAUUCUGCAGCCUUUGCUCCUGCGCCGCGUCAAAGCUGACGUAGCUGCUUACCUGCCUAAGAAGCGAGAAUAUGUACUCUAUGCUCCCAUGACCAAGGAGCAGACCGAUCUGUACAAUGUUAUCAGCGACAAGAGUACUGACACUCGCGCUUUCCUCGAAAACAAGGUUGUUGAACGCCUGACUGGCGCAACAAAUAGCCCGGCCGUUUCACUCAAGUCAACACCUCGAAGCUCCCGCGCUAACAGCGUCAAGCUCGAAAAGAGUGCGGAGAAGCAGACUAUGUCACUGCCUGUGAGAAGCAGUCCUCGCGGGAAGAAGACCCAGGACAAGCCGGCAGCUGUUGAAAAUGCCUUCACUCGUAUGAUGGGCAAGGGCAAAGGUGCAGUUGUUUUGUCGAAGAAGGCCGCUGCUGCACAAACUCCAAUUACUCCUGCGAAGCAAGAGACGAAGAGGAAGUCGCCGCCAACAACGGAGGUUUCUCAACCAAAAAGUACCCGGUCUAGUAGACAGAGUACUCCUUCGACAUCAAGUCGCACUCGGUCAGCGAGGAAGCGGAAGUCUUACAAGCUGGCAGAUGACGACGAUGACGACGCCUUGUCCGACGAUGAAUUUGAGGCUAGGCUUGCAAACGAGAUUGCUCAGCGAGAGGCUCAAGAAGAGGUGGUAGAGUCAUCGGAGGACUCUGAGCGGGCAGCAACCCUCGAGCUGGCUAAGAAGGAGAUUGCUAUGAAGAAGCUCGGCAACCCCAUUAUGCAGCUUCGGCUUGUAUGCAACUCGCCACACAAUUUCUAUAACCCCUGGGGAGCCGACAACGGCUUGGAAGUGGACGAGAGCUUGGUCACUGCGUCUGGCAAGAUGCUGUUGCUCGAUAGACUUCUCCCAGCUCUGUUUGACAAGGGUCACAAAGUUCUGAUAUUCUCCCAGUUCAAGACGCAGCUAGAUCUCCUUGAGGACUAUUGUAGAGAACUGCGAGGUUGGAACGUGUGCCGCAUUGAUGGCUCCGUAGCACAGGAUGACCGCCGCGCUCAGAUUGCUGAGUUCAACUCUAAUCCAGACUUCAAAUUAUUCCUACUCUCUACACGAGCUGGUGGUCAGGGCAUCAAUCUUGCUUCUGCCGACACUGUCAUUUUAUUCGACAGCGACUGGAACCCGCAGCAAGACCUGCAGGCGCAGGAUCGUGCACAUCGCAUUGGUCAGACGCGACCAGUCAUUGUGUACCGUCUUGCGACGAAGGGUACGGUUGAGGAGUCGCUGCUGAUGAGUGCCGAUGCCAAGCGACGACUUGAAAAGCUUGUCAUCAAGAAAGGCGGGUUCCGCACGUUGAAUCAGAAGGUAGAUAUGCACGAGGACCUCGACAAGGACACGCUUCGCUCUUUGCUGUUGAGAGAUGGAGAGGUGUACAAAUUCUCUGGUGAUAAGGAGAUUCUGAGUGAUAAGGACAUCGAUGUUCUCUGUGAUAGGUCUGACGAAGCCUAUACCAGCGCGGCGAAGGGUGCAGGAGAUGCGGAUGGCUACAAGGUUGUUGAGACCGGUGCGAAUGGCCUCACGAAGGCAUUUGAGGGAAAGAGGUCUUAG